AUGAAGAAAAUAAGAUUCUCCUUACUCAACAGGUUAAAGACAAAAGGCCCCGAUUAUCAACUGGCGCUUGUAGCUUCGAGUGAUAAGAAAAGUCCGUGUCUUGGUCCUGCAAAUCUAUCUGUUUUGCCGGUAGAGAUUAUUGAAAAUAUUCUAGAACAACUUGUUGCUGAUAGGGAAGUUUGGGAUUUUAUUAGGGACUUAUUUUCACUCUCGGCCACAUGUAGAUAUUUGAACUCCAUUUUGGCUGAUGAAAUUUUGUACGAUAAAGUCGUAAUCCGAAACAAACGCCAGGCUAAAUCGUUUUAUAAAUGCAUAUGUUCAAGCAAGAGCUAUAAAAAAAAGACCCCUUCGCUAACGAAACCGUCACUUUUGGUCAAGCAUAUUGUGUUCGUUCACCCCUAUAAAGACUUUCAGCCUGAUAUGGGCCAUAUGGGCCAUAUGAUGUCUACUUCUAGUACUCCUAUCGAGAAAUCAUGGGCAGAAUUAAUUCUCGAGAUUAUUUCCAAACUCCCAAAUUUGGAGCAUAUAGAGUUACGCGAAAUAUCGCCUAAUUUUGAGUUCCCAGCAUUUCUUAUGAACAUAUUCCCAGCCAAAGUCCUACCUCAAAGGUUGAUAUCUUUAUAUAUGUCAUCUGAAGAAGGAUGGAGAGUGGGUAUUACUGAAUCACAAAUAUGGCCCUUUGCCAACUUCCAAAAGUUAUAUCUCCAUUCCAUGACACUUAUCGGCCUAAACCAACUUAAAGAAUCAACACCGCCAUACUCUGCCCGAUCAUCUCCUCCAACGUCGCCAUUUUCAUUCCCAGGUUUAUCAUCAUCACCCAACAAUGCAUCAAUAGAAUCAUCCUAUUUCUCUUCUCAGUCCCCUGCCAGUACUUCACAUAGCAUAUUCUUGUCACGCUGUAAAGUUCACCAAGGAUCGAAACGAUUUAUGUUUGAUCGAUAUGCUACAUCAUUAUCGAUUGAUGCUCAAUCUCUACAAACUUGUGAUUUGAGCACCAUGUUCCCCCAUCUUGAAGCGCUUAAUAUUGGCUGUAUCGACAUGCUACCCCUCUCAGAUCAAACUCUAUCUCACCUGUAUACACUCAAUUCGGGGUCACCUCCUUCUCAGUUCUGUCGAAAACAAUUUUCUCAAUCCGGGAAAGCAUCUACAUUUGGGAAUAUCGAGUACCUAUUGCAGACGAUUGCUUCUUCUACUUCACUCCAGAACCUUCGAAGCCUAUCAAUUUUCUUAUCAUACAAGCUGCUGCCUAAUCUUCUCGUAGCUCUUGGGGAAAGAGUGGUUAAUAAUGAAGCAUUAAUAUCAUGCACCAUAGUUCUGACCACUAAAACAAGCUUACUCGCCUCUGAAGAGCUAUCUCGAUUAACUAAUGUUAUUGAAAGCUCCAGUUCACUAAGGAAUUUGAUCGAAAACUUUACGAUUAAAGACGUUGCUGGCGUCAGUCUCAUUAACUAG